AAGACCGUGUAUUUAUUUAGUUGUUAGAGGUCAGAGACACCUAAACCACUGCGCCCUCCACCCGAUCCAUUUAGUCGCCACGGUUGACAGCUCAAGUUUCAACUACUUCACGUAUGUUCAGACAGAGACAUAGAAUAGGCGCUCACCCGUACAUAAAUCGCAGUAACAACUGCGUGGUGUAUAUGGUAUAUGUACGUGACAUGUACUAUUGUAUCUGAACUGAACGAGUUUCAACACGGGUCAGCAGUUUUCCCUCUAGGAAAAGGAGUGCACUACUAUUCAGAAUAUUGUUGUGUAGGUGCAGACACGAUUCACUGUAAUACAACAUUGUUGCACUUCGACCAUGGAUGAUAACAACGUUGGUGAAAAUGAAGCUGGUCGAAGGGGAAAGAACCGGAUACAAUAUUCUGUGGAUGAAUCUCCCUUUCCUCUUCUAUGGCCAUUAUUUGGUGUACAGCAAUCUCUGCUUUGUGUUGCUGGCGUCAUUUCUGCACCCAUUUUCAUUGCCAUCCAACUCGGCGUCAGCGACCAACCGGAAGUGCGCAGACAACUUCUGAGUAUAGGAUUGUUCACAUGUGGAGUGGCCACUAUACUUCAAAACCUAAUUGGAUGCAGACUCCCCAUCAUACAAGGAGCAAACACCUCCUUUAUCGCUCCGAUGGCAGCUAUUUUCAGUCUAGCAAAGUGGAGUGAUGAGUCUCUCCUGAAGGAGAUCCCAAUAGUCAAUGGAACGGUGACGGAUGAACCCUGGAAGAUGAGGAUGAGAGAGAUACAAGGCAACUUAAUGCUGGCCUCGGCAACACAGUUUGUGCUGGGAGCAACCGGCCUUAUUGGCUUCUUUCUCAGGUUCAUCGGUCCGCUCACUGUCGCCCCGACGAUCACAGUCAUAGGACUGUAUAUAGGACAGUUUGCCUUGCCACUUUGUGAGCAGCACUGGGGAAUAGCUUUUCUAUCCUUGGCGCUGAUGAUCAUAUUUGCCCUCUUCUUGUCCACCAUUCGAGUUCCACUUGCAACAUAUUCAAAACGAGAGGGUUGCCAUGCAAGUAGGAUAACGAUCUUUGAGCUGAUACCUGUCAUCCUCGCCGUCGGGGUUACGUGGCUCCUGUCGUUUGUCUUGACGGUGACGGACGUUUUACCCAGCAACUCCACCCAGCACGGGCAUAUGGCCAGGACUGACGUCAGAAUCAACGCCCUCUACGAUUCACCUUGGUUUUACUUUCCACUUCCGUUUCAGUUUGGAAUGCCUACAGUCAGUGCAGCAGGAUACGUUGGAAUGCUGGCCGCUACAGUUGCUUCUACCAUCGAAUCUACCGGGGACUAUUUCGCUACAGCGCGUGUGGCGGAAGUUGUUCCGCCGCCGCCUCACGCCGUGAAUAGAGGUAUAGCAAUGGAGGGUUUUUCAAGCACUAUCGGCGGAAUGAUUGGUGGAAUCUGCGCAAGCACUUCCUACAGUGAAAAUAUAGGUGCCAUUGCUAUUACAAAGAUUGCAAGCAGGAAGGUGUUUGUCACAGCCGGCAUUCUCCUGGUUCUGGCUGGCGUGAUUGGCAAGAUCGGCGCUGUAUUCACUAUCAUCCCCGACCCUAUCAUUGGCGGGGUGAACCUCAUCACCCUGGGUAUGGUGACGGCCGUGGGCGUGUCCACACUGCAGUUCAUUGACCUCAGGUCGUCACGGAACCUCAUGAUAAUCGGGACGUCAAUGAUGCUGGGACUGAAGAUUCCCGACUGGAUGGCUACACACUCCCAGGCCAUUGAUACAGGAAGUGCCAAUUUUGACCAGGUGGUGACAGUGCUGCUGUCGACACCCAUGUUUGUUGCCGGAUUCACUGGCUGCUUCCUGGAUAACCUUGUGCCAGGCACCGAAGAGGAGCGAGGCAUUACGAAAUGGCGUUUGAGUAUGGAAGGGUCUGGCGACUAUUACAUAACAGGCGAAGAUACAUACGAGUUUCCCUAUGUCACUCAGUUCAUCAGAAGGAUAAAAUGUUGUGGUUACUUCCCUAUGUCUCCUACAUUUGACAAGGAAUUCAGCUGCGGUUGUUGUUGUAAGAAAAGGUCAAAUAGUUCUUCAUAUGCUGUAGACAAUCCCGUUGCGAUGGGAAAUAUAGAGAAACUGUAGCCAUGCACAUGUCAGAGCAUCUACGUUUCAGUUUAACACAAACCCAAACAUUUGCUUCGAACGUUACAGUUUUUAGCGAAAUCGUCCAUGAAACAAUAGCAAAUUCACAAGUACACUACCUCUAGCAAUCGGUUGAAAUUCAAGAAUGCAAUGUGGCAGGUCGAUAAUUUAGCUUGUUUUCGCAGCAAUGUAUUUGUUUUGUCAAGCAAAGUUUCUAAACGAAACGUAAUGUUCAAUGACACAUAUGCUGAUAUUGACUUUAUUCGCCACGACAAUAAUCCAGCGAUGGAAGCUUUAAUCAUCUGGAAUCUUCAUCUGAUUGUUCGAGAGAAGGGAUGUGAAAUGGUUCAUUCUACUUAUUCAAGAAUGCAUUGGAAUUAAAGAGACAAAACUGUUUCCAUUGUACGAUUCCGAAACUGCAACUUUCUUUCCUUCUUCCUUUAACCCUCAUAAUAAGCCCGUCCAGUAACACACCCACAAAGGCUAACACAAUGCAUACUUAAAACCUCAUCUGAGGUUGGGCUUCUAAUGGAACGGACCUAUAUUCAAAGUGUUUUAGAGGCUGGCCUUGGACUUAUUCUAACACCGGUGUUCUACUAUGAGUGAGUGAGUGAGUUGGGUUUAACGCCGCUUUUAACAGUAUUCCAGUUAUAUCACGGCGUGUCAGCUUAAUGUGGGAGGAAAGCCCGAAGUGAUGCAGGUCGUGGACGUUUACCACUUCGGUGAAACGCACGAGCACGGGUAUGGUGCUGACAAACCGAGAAACAUAAUCGGGGCGAACCGGGAUUCGAACCCACAAUCAUAGGUUUCUGGCGUGCCCAAGGGACGCAACUCUGCACAGCGAAUCGCGGCGCCUUAGACGACUGGGCCACCCGGGCCCCCGUUCUACUAUGAAAGCAACCAUGUAUCGUGAGGGCGAUUGGAUUCAGAUUCACUUUAUUCAGAAUUCCAGGCCAUCUAACUCAUAGUGCAUUACAGUUAGCUAAAAUAUAGUUUAUGUAGGGAAUGGCUUUUGGAUACUUUUACAUAUACCACUAUUUUAUUGGCAUAGCUUGCUUUUAAUAAACUUGAGCACAUAA